GACUCGACUCGUUAGACCUCACCUACUGAAGCUCUGCGGAGUGCUGACUGAACUCUGAUUAGACAUCGAGAACAACUCAGUUUAUGGAAGGGUUAAUAAAUAUGUGAAAAAUGGCUGACGAAGUGUGGAAGAUUAGAGAAGACGGAUAUUUAGAUUUAGAAGUGGACUGUAAUAGGAUUACUUAUCAUCCAAAUCUGAACAUAGUUCUUGUUUUAUCCAAGUUCUCCGAGGUUCUCAUUAUAGACGUGAAUUCAGGAUUGCUGUUGCAAAGAACUUUUUUAUCAGCAAACCACAAUGGACAAUUGCAAGCCACAUACCUCACGGGCCUGGACAAGAUUCUAUUCAUAGACGAGCAUGGUGUGGGUGUGCGAGCCAAUUAUAAUGGAGUUUUGCUGCUUGACACCAUACUACAAACUCCCAUAUCUAGGCCUGAUGAUGUUGUACGGUUGGAGUUGCUGGUCUCAGAGGCUGUGGUACUUCAACAGACGUUAGUGUCUAUGGACCUGCCUGGCGUGGAACAUCGGUCCGAGGUUGUCACAGCGUUAACAACCCAGAUUGCACUAGCCAAUACAAGGCCUAAGAAAGGGACAAAAGCACACAAGUGGAACACUAUCUGCCUGGAGCUGCCUCACUGUUACCUUAAGUGGGUGUGUUCCGGACUGGUGUCGGAGCUGAAGCGACAGAACCGCCACAUUCCUGCUCUGGCCAUCGCGAGUGCAGUCAAUGAACGACUUAACUCUCUGCUGCCUACCAAUGCGGAGGGACAACAGGUGGACAGGACACUAAUGUUCAGUGAAGCUAUGCGACGUCAGACAUUCUCCAAGUGGCCUCACAUGAACUACAAAUGGGCACUGCCAGAUCAGAUGGCUCAGGCUGGGUUCUAUCACCAGCCCAACUCUGCCGGUGAUGACCGAGCAAUGUGCUUCACUUGCACUGUUUGUCUUGUUUGUUGGGAGCCCACAGAUGAACCUUGGUCAGAGCAUGAGAGGCACUCCCCGUCGUGUCCGUUUGUGAAGGGAGAAUACACACAGAACGUGCCAUUAUCAGUCUCGUACGCCACUGCCCCGGCUGUACAUACUGACCAGCCAAUGGAGAUACUUGGUACAUCAUCAGUCCAGGAACUGAUACCCACUGCAUCUCCCAACGGCAGUGUCAUCAUAUGGAACUGCUCACGCCAGCUCAAAAUUGAAGUGAAAAUAGCUGUGAUGGGGAAACCCAGCAUUUAUUCUGAUAUUAUGAGGAAGAAAGAAGCUUGGGCUGAUCAGGAAGUUGUUGAAAUACCUCUCUCUGAUCCAUCAAUGGAGAGUGAGGUAAGAGUGGGAGCUGUGAGUGUGGUGGGAGGUCCUAGUGAGGUAGACUAUGUCAGACCUGCUCUGAUAGCUGGUAUCAGUAGAGGUAAACAGACAGCAGUCUCUCCCCGGGUCAGAGCUAUGAACAACAUGAACAGUGGACUGGCCGUUGACAUCAUGAAGGUAGCUGAAAGCAAGCCUGCUGAGAGGCAACUGUAUCUUGUGGUUUAUGAUUUUCACUACCGCUAUCAGAGCAAUAUGAUCAAUGGCAACAGAGAAGUGGACAACAACACUAAGACUUUGUUGUCAGGGACAGGCACGAGUGCAUCAAGGCAGGAAAACAGCAACUUGUACCCAGAAAUAUUUCUGUCCAAAUUUCUGUACACGAGUCCUGUACUGCAUGAUGUAGAUUCUGCUGAUGUUGUUUAUCAAACACAGGACAUUCUUGUUGGCGAUAACUUCACAGCUCCAUCUUCUUCAUCAGGUAUCAGUUGUCCAGUGCCGCUUGGUGUGGCGGUUCCAACAGCAGGUGGUGGCACGUUCGACACUUCUAUGGCCAUCAACGAGGGGCUGGAAGUGUUUCCAUCCACCUCUAAUGGCUCCAGUCAACUAGUGCCCAAGAUCGUAGAACGAGAUUCCAAGUCUGACGCAAUCAGUGACCUUUCCAGUGUAGAAAACUCAAAUGGUGUUCUUGACACUAGUUCUUUUUUAGCUCAAGAACCAGUUCCAAUACAAUCGGUUAUCGUGGACACUUUCAACCAUGACUUAUAUGUGUCUGAACUACACCCCACAAAAGACGGACAGCAUCUGUUGGUGGUAUUGAGGAGUGUUAACAGUGUGACUAGUGGGAUGUUGUUGUUGUACAAGUUGAUCCUGAGUGAACCAUCAGUGAUGUUGGUGGAGACCCCGGUGUGUGUGAAGGUGUUACAGACAGAAGUGGUAUCACUGACAUUGCUACCUCUAGAGGGAGAGUCUACAGCCAAUCCACUGGGAGUAGCUGCUGUAGUCACUCACAGUGGCCAGCUCAUGCUCAUUGACAUCGCUACCCUCGACAUCAAAGCUUGUGCCACUCAUAAAGAAAACAUUCAAUUUGUUUCUGUUACUUAUUGCAAUAGUUUGGAAAGAGUGUGUGCAGCUUCGGAGAAAGGUUCCUUGCAUUUCUUUACCCUCCACGAUGAAGACUUGGUCAGGUCAGAAGAGAACACUUUUGAAAAUUUGGAAAGCAAUUUCUACUCUCCAAAGCAGUCUCCAAAAGAUUUCCCUCUGCUAGUCAAUGCCUCCGAGUUGGACUUGUCAGCACUCUAUGAGCUUACCAAGUUUGAGAACCUUGUACCUUGUUUCGCUGCCACUUUGCCUGCAUGUUGGGCUGAGCUGAUGCAGGCGCAGAAGCAACGCAGACACCCGCAGCACCUGCAGCACGCAGACGACGUUCACCACACCCGAUCUUGGCGUCUACAGCAUGACCUAACAAGCUGGGAUGAGCACAUUUUUGAGCUGACUCUGCCUCGUAGUGUGUGUGUUGGACAUGUAGACCUCAAGUUUUCUCUUCAUGCACAAUGUCAGUCCCCACCAAACAUUCAGUUUACUUUGCUCAAACAAAAUGCCUCUGGCAUUGGCAAACUCUCAGACAACUCUACUGAUGUGGAUGCUGGUGUUGACUUUAUUAUACCAACUGAAUCAGGACACAAGAAAGGAGUGUCAGUGAACCCGGUGACAACAGAGCAGUUUGCUAGAGCACACAACACAGAAAUCCUGUGUGGCCCUGUGAGUCUAGCGUCAUGUUUGGACCUAUCAGAUCAGGGAGGCACUGUCACCUUCACCAGCCCCAAGCUGUUCAAGUUCAGAGGCCGCACACUGCUGGUGCACAUCAAGAACCUGGCCAGCGGCACCUCAGCGAUUGGGCAAGAUGGAGACAAGAAGUCAAGAUACGGCCCUGGAGGAGCCUUCUGGGAGUAUAAUGGACUAGUGUUAACACCUGGCAGUACAGUCGAUAGGCUAGCCAGCAGUGUUUCAAACCAGAAAAAGGAGCACGUUGGGUGUGACUGGCUGCAUGAAAUCUCUAUUACUAUCAGGAAGACGAAACAGAUAGACAUACCUAAUGAGAGGUUGGAGAGAUGUGCCAUGUUGGAGUCUGAUGUGUUAGUAGAACAUCUGUUGUCCCUGGUGACAGGUGAAGGCAGCAAUGUACAUCAGAACAUGGCUUUGGACAUCCUAGUGUGGCUAGCCGCCAUACGACUGUCCCGGCUGCGGCCCGUACCCAGCCACCAGGUGGCCAUGAUCAACAUCAUACAGCAACACCUGCCUCAUCUCAUCACCAGCUGCUUCAUACGCGGCGAUCGCACCAUUGCACGCAAAUGUGUAAAACUCAUCAUUCUCUGCAGCGAUGGCAUGAGGAAUGCAGACGAGUCUGUGAGUGGACAGUUUGACUCAUGUCUUGUGAGAAUACUGCUCGAGACAUUGCCUACUGUUCCUCAAUGUUGGUCAGCAGCUGCCAUGCGCUGGUACUUCUCUCUGCUCACUCGUAUGGUGACUGUGGACUCCAUCGCAUCAGUGGCACACAAAGCUCUAGGCAUGCUGACAAAGGUUGCGAGCCAUUUGCACGCUAGACAGAACCCGUCUCAUCUAUUGCUACAUACUAGAUUUGGACUGUGUGGGACUCCGUUUGAACCAGAGUUGUUUGAUCAGGAGCCCCCCGCUCCAGCUAAGUUCUCCCCCACACCCCUAAUCUACACCAUGGGAGGCACCAACUUUGUGUGGGCCAAUGAUGUGGUAAAUGCCCCGUCUGGCCCCCCGCCAGUAAACAGUAGCACUCCCCUCCCUCCCCCUGGAGCUGAUGACCUCCGUGACUUACUCAAUAUUAAAGCUAAAUGCACUGGUGAAGGAAGAAGUUCUACAUCACAUAGCCAACUGAGGAGCUUAACAGCCAAUCAUCACAUGAAGGGACUGUUGGAAGUUCAGCCUCUACACUUCACCUGUCAUGCCACCAGCGAUGGAACAAAAUUAGAGAAGAUGGACAGUGGUGAAGCAGGAAAUAAGGUAAUAAGUGAAGCAAUAGUAAACUACUUUGAAGCACCACCUAUCUCUCCAAUAUCACCACCGGUUGUUUCCAACCACGUGGAUAGCAAUGGGCCCAAGAAAGUUACUGAAAACAAUCUGGAACGGCUGCCGUGGCAGCAGUUGGUGAUGGCUCCUCCACAGCAUAUGCUGGUUGUAGAGAGGAUGCACAGCGGUGCUCGUAGGUUUGUAGUGCUGGACCUAGGCUCACCUGUGCUACUGACCGACCUGUACGUCCCUGCGUGUCCUGACUUGCUGUCUCUAUCCAUCGACCUGUGGACAGUGGGGGAGGACACGGAUGCCAGACGUCUGGUAGUGGCUCCUGACAUCACCACUAAGACAUUGAUCAUGAAUGACAUUACACCACCUCCAGUUGUCAGGUUUAUCAAGAUUACAACUAUUGGCAGGUAUGGAAUGAAUACAACUAAGUGCAAAAUACCAAUAGGAUGCUUUUAUGGUCAUCUUAUUGUUUUACCUGGUGAUGAUUAUGCGGAAAAGAAUAAUCAGGUUCCCCAGAGUACAAAUAUUCAGAACCAACUCAGCGUACUGAGUGCAUUGUUUGAAGAUAUCCAGUGCCGCUACUCUCUAGCUUGCUCCAAGCUGCAGGACCUUCUGUCGCCUCUACUGACUGCUGAGAUAGCCAAUGUCUCUCACAUGCACCACUACCUGCGUCGUGGAUCUGAACUGCUCAAGCCAUCGACUUCCAAAAUAACCACUGCUUAUCAGGAGUGCAUCACAUACCAGCACCAGUUGAACAGUGUGCGCAGUGUGAUGCGAAGACUGGGCAGCAGCUCCGAGCCUCCUGACCCAAACAACGCUCUCACUACAGCCUGCACAGACAAACUGAGAGUGUUGGGUGAAAACCUUCUGGACCUUCUACUCUUCCUGGUCUAUGAUGCUGUCUGCAUGCCCAAGUCUGUGUGUGGGCGCCUGGACCAGUCCAUGUGUGAGCAGCUGUUCCAUUGGCUAUGUGUGGGAGAGGAAACUCGUACGCAGCUGGCAACGUGUACACUGCUGGUCCGCAUAUGUGGCCUACAGCCCUGGUGGGGAGACUUCCUUGUCUCAACACUCACCAACCUCUACAGCUCCAACCAGGUCAACAUCUUUCCUCAGGACAGAGUGUUCAUUCUGCUGGUAUACCUGGGUCGCAAGUCACUGUGUGGAGGUGCUAGUCGCAGCACUGUGAUAGACUCUGUGCUCAAGACUCUACUGAUGCAGCUCACUCCCUUGGCUCUCACCAAUCUUUCUCCGGGGUUCCUGCAGUCUAACAUGGAUCUACCUCUCAUCAGCUGGCUAUUGCUCUUCUUGUCCCAGUGCCUAGACUCCACACCAAAUUCAAGUGAAGAAACUCAGGACAAAUCUAAAACUGACAAAGAAAUGUCAGCAGGUAGAUGGGACUUCCUGCAAGGAGAGUUGUCCAUGCAGCGUCGUAUGAGUGUAGUGGGCCACUGUACUGCAGGGCGUGGAUACCGUCGCAAGCUGCAGAAGAAACUGAUGCACCACAAGCAGCAGCUAGAGGAUCUUGAAGUGGCUAAGAAGGCCUUCCAGGCAUCCACUCAGGUCAGUGGCUUGCCUCAUGGCCUUAAAACAAAGGCUUUGUCAGCUCUGUCGACCCAAGCUGCAAAGCUCUCAUACAAGUUAGAAAACGCCCUCAAGCAACAGGAACAAUUUCUGAAAAAAUCAGUGAAGCAGCAGGCUUCAACGUCCAAGAUGAAAGAGAGUGUAUCAGAGAGUCGCAGGUCCAAGGAUGAUGCAGGGUCUAGUAGUGGCAGCAAGCAUGUUGCUAGUGAGAACAACGUCCCAUUACUUCCCAGAGCUCACUGUCUGCCUGUAGCUAGGGCACUCACUGCCCUGCUCCUACACAUGGACUACACUUGUAACCUUGAUACAUUUCUGCUCACCUGCAAAGUUCUAGCCAGAGUGACACUGUGGACCAGGCCUAGUUUGACCAUAGGAGAGGUGAUAAGUGAGGACCAACUGUCAGGUCUUGUGAGACUGGCUGUCAACUCUAGUCAACACUCCACGCCCUGGGUGUGCCACGCCAUCACCUGUCUGUUGCAGGACAUGCUCCAAGGAGGGAAUGGAAAUAAAACAAUUAGUCCUGAGCCGAGUUCGGUGGAAGAAGAGCCAGAGCAUGAAAGUGUGAGAGAAGAAGAAGCUCAAGCCUCUAGUAACAUGAGCGAGAUGGAUGACGACUUUGUGCCGAUGCCUGAAUCUGACGAUAGUGCUGCUUCACCAGGUAUGCCUUCAAUAAAAAUAAAGAUAAACUCUAACUUCCCACUUCCUUCACUGUUAGAAUCCGAUGACAGCGAGUUAGAAGAUCUCUUAGAUGAUAUUUUAGAACGAGGACGCAACCUUACAAAAAAAACACCUGCUGCCAGAGUUCCUUUAGGAAUAGCCACUAAUGUGUCAACAUCCCUGGACUCAAGGCUUGAGUAUGGUGUAGACACUAAUGCAGAAGUUACUGUUCGAAGAAUGACAAUUCAUGGAGCUUACACACUACCAAUGAGUGUUAAUGCGCCCAUAGCAGGCCCUCAGACUGUAUCAAUGGCUGUAGGGAGCAGCUCCCCCUCUCGCUGGGAGGAGCCUCUGACUGCUCCAUGGCAGCAGCCUCAACCAGCCUGUGAUCAACCAAGCAGUGUGGACAUGCUCAGGAACUGCUUUGAUGGCAUCUUCCUAGACCUGCUCAACAAGGACAAAGACACCAGCAACCUGGAGUUGGUGCUGCAGUUGUGGCUGACAUUGAAUCUGGACAACCCUCUGAUACGAGGCGACAGUCGAGCGUUGAUGCUUCCAUCAUACCUAUAUUUGCUCUCAGUCCACCAAUCCACAGGAUCAACUGCAAAACGUAGGCCGUCCAAGGUCAGUGAGGACGCCGGAGAACGUGGAGCGAGUGCGACAAGCUGUGCUAACGAGCCCGCAUCGCCCGGCGCAUGGACAAGCUGCUGCUCUUGGCAUGUCGGGAGUAUCAGUGAGUGCUGGUGUCUGGCGUUUCAGACUCUCUCCUUGAUAUCAAACCUUCCCAGCGACCACACAGACAACAACCUCAACAACACACUGCAGCGCAUGGCUAGUGUCAUUGUUACAAAUGUCAACUUUCCAAAACUACUUCUAGCCUUCCUCUCCAGCUCACAGAUCAAAGGAUGUGCUGGGGUGUCGGUUUGCCAGAGCCUACAUGAAAUGCUGGUGAGACUAGAGAUGCGUUGUGAUGUGGUGUCCAGUGGCAGUGAGCUGGGUUGUCAGUUCAAGCUGCUGCUCCUGCGAGUGUUUGAUCAGCUGGUGAGACCCAGUGGUGCCAUCGCUCUACAGCAAGGUCCUCUCGACGCUCAGGCCAAGCUGGUGCAACUCAUGCUGCAUCUCGACUUCACCAACACCGACGUCAACACUGCUGCUAGUAUACUGAAUGCUGUCUCUGUCCUUGUCCACUCGUACAUGAUGAGUGGAGAGAACAUUCGGUGGCGCAGCAUGAUGGAGAAUGGCCUGAAUCUGAGUGGGCUGUUGACUAGUGGCGCUACGGUGGCCAGUGCUGGAACCAGCAAUAACAGUCGGCAGCGGCCUGCAUCCUGGGACCUGCUAAUCAUAGGAGUUAUACGUCUGGUGACCAACUUGCUGCAUGUGCCACUAGAGGCUCCUCAGCCUAGCCAGACAGACGAGCACAAGGCAGCCAACACUAGACCUCCCUGUGUAGCUGACAUGGUGGUACAAGAUGAUAGCACCAUGAACUGCCUGUUAAGCUCUCUGGGCAUGUCCUCACCGGCCGCCAUAGCUGACUCUUUAGAGCCUUCCUCUGUAGGACAAGCUGUGUUCCAGCUACUCUCCACAUUAGCCCGUAAAGUCACCUCACCAAAGUUCAUUCUCAAGCCAGUUGUUUCGUAUAUUGCCAGACACAACAGCGGGUUGUCAGAGGGAUUGUUGUCGCUGGUGCUGCGUGUUCUGGAUGGUGCAGAAGCUCUACAGGAAUGGUUGUCUCUGGGAGCUGUGGAGGUGGUGUGUGAUAACCUGGUGAGAACCAGUGAUGGACCUAGCACAGUGUCUGUAGUCAUGCAACACCUCAGUCUGCCAUUGCCACUGCCACCACACAACAAGAAGACUGCGGACAUAGCCUCUGGUCUGCUCAACUUUGCUCCAUUUGGUUGUAUCAGCUCCAGCAACCCCACAGCCCAACCUGCUGAUGUGUUGAUACAGUCCACUCCACCACACAGGAGGGCCAGGGCUCCUGCAUGGUCGUAUCACUUCUACCCUGACGAGAGCUGGGUGGAGGUGACUAUCACCUUGCCUUGUGCUGUACUGCUCAGAGAGGUCCACCUCCAGCCUCACCUCACCUCACUGGCCACAUGCCCCAGCGCUGUGGCUGUGGAGGUGUCCCCAGAUGGACGUAGCCCAUUGGUACCUGUCAGUCUACCGCUAGACUCCAGUGGCCUUACUUUCAUCCGUCUGCAGCUACCUCAGCCCGAGGUGGUGACUACAGUGUUGUUGAGGCUAUACAAGCCUCGUGACUCAUCUAACAUCGGCCUGUCUCAGAUACGACUCUUGGGCAACACCACCUUCAACGACCCCACUGCCUCCGACGACACGGACCAAACCACUGUUAGUUACAAGAGCAACAGCAGUAUGGUGUGGAUACGGCUGCUGCACCACUGUAUGACAGUGUGUGGGGAGUGUGCGCUGCAGACUGCAGUGAUCAGUUCUGCAGUCAAGGUGGGCCCUGCACUGCUGCAGGCGUGCUGCGGACUAUUGCAGGCUCCCACACCAGCACUAGAGCAUGUGUUGUACACUCUGGGCACUCACCAGCCUGACCUGGGCCUGCAGACUAUCAAUAUACUGCUCAAUACACACACCUCUCAAGGGGGACUGUCUGGUGGGGUCAACUCUGUUGUUGAGUUGUUAUACCUGUUGUGUACCACGCGGGACUCUCACACACAAGAGCGUGUACAAGCUGUGCUGUCGUGGCUGUUGUCCAUAGCAUCACAAUCCAGACCUGCUUCUGCUACCUACAUACAGUGUGUGGCUGCCAUACUAUGGGCCAAUCCUGACCUGGCACACCUCGUCACAGACCAACUCUUCAGUGCUGUGUACGAGUGGACAAUGAGUUUGGAGGCGAGGUCUGCACUGAAGCGAGGUGUGGACAUACUUCUCUGCUCCAUGUGCUACAUCAAGCCUGUGUUGUUUCCAACUCUCUUGCAGAGAAUGGGGGUUCUUGUGCCCAUAAGGUCUACCAGUCAUGCGGCAUCCAUCACUGAUGAUAGGAAGGAUGGAGAGAGCCAGGAGCAGGACAUGUCAGAGUGGUAUGACCAGCUAGUACUGCAAGAUCUACAACAUCUGCAGUUGUCUGAGAGUCAGCUGAUGACAGUAGCAGUAGCCUGUCAGUCUCCUCCCGCCACCCUGCAACUGCUGGACUCAGGACUGCCGAACCUGCUCACCAACACAAUCCUUGAGUUUAGUACUCGGAAACAUUCAGAACGGCGAUGUAGCAAGCAAAGUAACCAGUCAAGACUGACGGAUUCAGAUAAAGCUAGCGGACGCAACCAUGUAAUUAAAGAAGGUAACCGACCCAUGGUCCAGCUGGAAAUGGUCUCUAGUAUCCUCCGCUUCUUCGCGGAAGUUUGUUCAGAAGGCAACAUGAGGGACUGGCUGGGGUCAUCAGAAGGCUCAGUGUUCUGGCUACCUCUCCUCACCCUGCUCUGCACAAGGACUGCAACCAACUCCAGGUGUGAGAUGAUGUCAGAGUCCUUCAACACAUUAGAGACAGCCACAGUAAAGUUCCUGUCCAGGUGUUGCUGGUGUCAUCCGACCAAUCAGAAGCUAUUGGCUGUUGUUCUGUGCAAUGUCAUUAGUCAACAGCGUACACAAGGAGAGAUGGGCAUCUCAGGUGUUACUCGUCGACUGGUGCUUCAGUUGCUACUAGAAAGUGAGAAGAUUGAAGUGUGUGUGCGUGGGGUGGGGGUGAGGGGGGGAACUGUGCCUACUGGCCCCACACAUCCCCGCUACGGUGUGGGGCACAACAAUCACCUGCUCUACCUCAGUGUCCACACCACCGUAGCUGACAUCAUCAAGCUGGUCUCUCACUGUGGGGCUGCAGGCAAUGUCAACAAGGCCCAAGAGCCUCUAGUCAGCAACGACUCACUCAGAGAGACACUGUGGUCGGAGGUUUCUGAGCAGCUCUUUGUAGCAGCAGGGGUCACUGCCAAGGACAAGCGGAUUAAAGAUGCAAAAAAUGUCAUUGCCACCAUUUUCAAGGACAAAGUAUCUUCACAGUCCAACAAGAAGGGUCAGAGCUCUUGUGCUACAUUGACAGACUUGGCUUGUGGUGAGGGACUGCAGCACUCGGAGCUGUCCAAUGUCAUACUGCCUGGAGCUCUGACACUGUCUCAGCUGCUCACCGUACUGGACCAGAGAACAGUGUCUCUCAGCUCUCCUUGUAUGGACCUCACACUAGUUCAACUCUCAACCAAAGAGGGGAGUGACAUGGGAGAGCUGCUGUUGUCAACUGAGCCAUUCCCCAGUGCACUUCAGGUGUUUACCCAGCAAGGAGGUCUAGCUCUGCUGGCUGAACAUCUGCCCUUGGUGUAUCCUGAGACUCUGAUGUACUUCCGCACUGCCACAACCCACCAGCCCACUCACCAGCCUUCCCAUCAGCCCACCACAGCGGAUCAGAUAGACGCUGACUGGGUUAAGGUGGAGGCCAGUGAUGACAUCUACGAGGAUGUGGAGGAGAGUAUGGUAGCUCCCUACAUGAGUAGCCAGGGAGGUAAGCACAAUGAGGCCAGUAUUCCUACAGUACCACUGCACUCUCUAGCAGCCUUUGGUCUGUUCCUGCGACUACCAGGAUAUGCUGAGGUGCUGCUGCGAGACAAGCGCAAAGCUCAGUGUCUGCUGCGAUUGGUGCUGGGAGUGUCCGAUGAUGGAGAGGGUGGAGAUAUAAUGAGCAACCCAGUGUCCAGCUCACUGCCCACGCUGCCAUUUGAAGUGCUACGUCAAUUGCUAGAGUCAACUCCCCUUAGCACAGACGACGGUGUUCUGCUGAGGAGGACAGCCCUGGACCAAGGAGCUCUUCACUUGCUGUUGUCUUGUCUGGCUGUCUUUACUCACCAGCCCCACGAGUCCGUCCUGCCGGGGCUCACCAGCUUAUUGAAGACUUUACCGCAGACACGCAACAAGUCGGAUGACAAGUCACAUCUAUACUGGGCCAAGGGGACAGGAUUUGGCACUGGCAGCACCACACAGAGCUGGAAUGUAGAGCAGGCUCUCAGUAGACAGCGCAGUGAGGAGCAGCAUGUCACUGUCCUGCUACAGGUUCUGUCUACGUACAUCAACCCAGGAGGAGUGGUGAAUGCAGACAGAGACAGUUCAGAUGAUGACAGUGAUACACCUACCAAGCCUGUGCCUCAGCCAUUGCCUCCUUGUAUACAUGACCUGCUACAACAGUCCUGUCUGCUGCCUGCUCUUUCCUCCUACUUGCGCAACGACUCUGUGCUGGACAUGGCCAGACACAUUCCCCUGUACCGCAGUGUUCUACAACUGCUACGGGCUAUUGCUCAGAAUGCUCAAUUGGUACCGCUGUUGCUACCGAGGCCAAAGCAAAACUCCCUGCAGUUAUCCACUGUGUGUCUACUUCAGAAGAUGAAGAUUGUUGUUGACACAUAUGCCUCAAGAUUAAAAAUAAACAAGCCCAAGAAUCAGAAAAAACUGACGAGGGUCACUAAUAGCCUAAAGUCCCAGCUGAACUCCACAGAGACAGCUGAGUCUGACGAAGGCUUAGCUUUGCUCAUCCCAGACAUUCAGGAAACUGCCAACCUAGUCCAGGCUGCCACAGACAAGUUGAUUUAUGAAUCUGAAUCAGAUUCAGAAAGUGGGUUGGGCCAUGAUCUUGAGUUGCCUGUGCAGAAAACGUUAGAACAAAGGUAUUUGGAAGUGAUGAAGCCGAUGCAGUUUGAGACGUAUGAGAUGAUAAGUGAGUCAAGUGAUGGUAACGGGUUCCAGUUCGUAGUGUCUUAUCACUUUGAGUCGAAUGUGAGGGCGGGAGGAGACAGGAGUCACCCAGCCAGAGUAAAGCGCUUGGCUCAAGAGACUGUCACAUUGUCUACCUCAUUACCACUGUCAUUCAGCAGCUCUGUGUUUGUCAGAUGUGACACAGACCGUCUGGAUAUCAUGAAGGUUUUAAUAACAGGUCCAGCUGAGACGCCAUAUGCCAAUGGAUGUUUUGAGUUGGAUGUGUAUUUUCCACCUGACUACCCCAACUCUCCCAUGUUGAUCAACUUGGAGACGACAGGUCACCAUACAAUACGCUUCAACCCUAACCUCUACAAUGACGGAAAGGUGUGUCUCAGCGUGCUCAACACGUGGCAUGGUCGGCCGGAGGAAAAGUGGAACGCCCAUACAUCCAGCUUCCUUCAGGUGUUGGUGUCGAUUCAGUCCCUUAUUCUAGUCCCUGAGCCGUACUUCAAUGAGCCUGGCUAUGAGAGGUCUCGAGGUACACAAGCUGGCAAUCAGAGCUCUAGAGAGUACAACUCUAACAUCUGCCAAGCGACAGUCAAGUGGGCCAUGCUAGAGCAGCUACGCAACCCUUCGCCUUGCUUUAAACAGGUGAUACAAACUCACUUCUGGAUGAAGCGCAAGGAGAUCAAGAAGCAGAUAGAAGGAUGGAUAAGUGACAUGGAGUCUCAGGCAGCAGAUAGACGCACUGGCCGUACCAUCUCCCUCAACACCAUGGCUCUCAAGCGACAUUAUCAGCAACUGUGUGAAGAACUAGCCAAACUGAAACCACCCCUAGGGAUGGAAGAUCUAGCAGACGUAGAUGAACCGACCUGGCAACAAGACAUGGAGAAACUAGUGUCGCAAGUUUGCGAAUAAACUUUUUUAAUCGUAUAUAUUUUUCUAAAUAGUAAAAUUCCAUGUACAGCAAAACAAAGGGCUAGGAUAAUCCUUUUUACUACCGAGUAUUUAUUUAAUGGAUGCUGGAUAUACUAAAGGUAUCCGUUAACCCAGCAUCAAUUGUAUAGGUGUUUCCAUUGUACAAAACCCUUGAGCGUAUGAUGUAUAAAGUGUGUAAACAAAUGCGGCACAAAAAUUGUUGCUGCGAGCAGUCUAGGUCUGUGAUUUUUUAUUUUCUUUUAAGUGUACAUUAUUGUAGAAGAGAUAGGCUGUUUUACUUUUUGCGAUUAAGGCAAUUCACUUGUAACUUAAACCAAAAAUGCAAUUACAUAAACUAACGGAAUACAUUUGAUUUUAUAUGGAUGCCUGUUUUCUUUAUACUAUGAUUGAAUACUGUUAAGAGAUUUGAUAUUUUUGUCAAUAUCUCAUACUUUUAGACAUACUUGUUAUAAGUUGUACGUUUCAAAGAACUUUUGUAUAUAAUAGUUGCCAAAAAUAUUGAUUGGUUUGGUACAUAUAUCAGACUUUCAGAUGACGUGUACUGAAAUCAAAACUGUUACCUUGGAAAUAUAAUUAUUAAGUUAUAUUUUAUA